AUGACUUCCAACGACGCCGAAGUGUCCUUGGAACUCCAUCAUGUCUUUGGCUCAUUAUGCGGCUCCUCUCUCAGAGAGGCGGCCGUCUUCGCAGAUAGCGCCGGUCAGCAGAUAGCCUUUGCUGUGGGUCGGCAGCUGGCUGUGCGACAUGUCGAAAACAACGAGACUAACUUCCUGGGAACGGGCUCGAGGAUCGACAUGAUCACCGCCUGUGCCGUGUCGAACGACCGUAGUCUGAUGGUGGUUGCUGAGAAGUGCAGCAACGAAGCGAGGCUUUCGAUCUACGACCUGAAGUCCAGCAGCACGAGCCCGAUGAAGACCAUGAAGCCCCUGAGUGGCGCGCUGGGAUCCACCCGCUUUGUGGCAGUCGCCUUCUCCGUGGUGUCGCAGGAGGGAGGCCCCCCGAAGUACCUUUGCGCGGUGACAGCGGGUUCAGAGCCAACCUUGGUUCUGAUGAACUGGGAGUCAGAGAAGAUCCUGGCAAAGUGCAAGCUGCCUGGAACCGUCGAUCGUGUAGCUUUCCCCUUCCAGCACGACCGCACGGAUGUCACAGUGUCAGGGCCGCACAUGCUUCGGCUACUGCAGAUUCGGCAUGCCAAAGGCGAGGUGACCUUGAAGCCCAUGCCAGCGUUUUCUGGCCUUCAAGAGAAGGCGCAGGCCAUCCUGGAUCACACCUGGCUAGAAGCGGGUCGAGGACUCCUUGGCCUUUGCGUGCACGAAGGUCCUGUUUACAUCCUGAGUGCUGAUGAGCUGAUUGUGCUGCGGACGAUCGAAUCCGCUUUUGGGCCCGAGGGAGACCUCGAAGAGGUGCUUCCCCUUUGUAUCCGCUCCUUUACCCAUGGCUUCCUUCUGGGGGGCUCCCACGGCUACCUCGCCGUCUGGGAAGAGGCAGACGAUGAAGCUUUCGCCAGCGUGGACGAUGGCUCGGAGGGCUCUCGAAGAGCACCAGAGAAUGAAUACAAGCUUGCGGUGGCUGUGAAGCUCAGAGAAGACCCGGACGCGGUGUGCUCCCUCGACAUUACCCCCAGUGAGGAGCACCUGUUGCUGGGUUUCGGCGAUUCCGCAAUGGGCAUCGUGCCGAUGGCUUCGAUAUACGGCAACGAGGAAGAGCAGGUCCCCAUCAACAUCAGCGGGAACCACUCAGCGGCCAUCACUGGCAUGGACAUGGCGGUGCAUCGAUCACUGGUGGUUACCAUCUGCCAUCGUGACAGCAGCAUGCGCAUCUGGAACUGGGCCACACGGACCUGCGAGAUCCGAUCCAAGUUUGGCGGGGAUCCUCCGACCGCUGUGGCCAUACAUCCGUUCGGCUACUAUCUGGCCAUGGGCUUUGCAGAGAAGCUGCGCUUCUACCAUAUCCUGAUCAAGGACAUCCGGCUGCACAAGGAGAUAAACCUCCGGGGCGUUGGACUACUGAAGUUCACCCAUGGGGGUCAUCUGCUGGCAGUGACUCAAGGCAAAUCUAUCUACGUGUACUCUGUCCGAACACUGGAGAAACUCGCCACUCUCUCAGGCCACAAUCAGGAAAUUACUUGCCUCAGCUUUGACCCGGAGGACCAUACCUUGUGGAGUACCUCGCAAGAUGGAAAGCUGAUCAAGUGGAACCUCGCGACCUUCCGUAAUGAGUCCAGUCACGUCGAGACGGGAUCGGAGCGCCUGGCCGUGAGCGUCAUUUCACCAGACCAGGCGACCGCCAGCACCUUCAGAAAUGGAAAGCAGCUGCUUCAAAGGUUCUCCCAGGGCGACUUGGAGUAUGAGGUCGAGCUGGAGUCCAACGUGAAAGUCGUGUCUCUGUACCAUCACCACGGCAACUCCAUGUUCCUGGCCGGCACUGCCCGAGGGGGCCUGCAGAUCUACACGUCAUUGCCUUACCAGGGCAAGCCCAAAUUCUUCGAAUUGGCACUGCAUGGCAUGGCGUGCACGGCGAUCUGCGUGUCCGUUGAUGGGCGGACGAUGGUCAGCGCCGGCGCAGACGGCGUGAUCUUCGUGCUGGGAUUGUCCGGGCUCAUCAGCCCAGAGGAGCUGAACAUGCUGCCCACGGCUUUGCACCAGAGCGAUAGCGAUCGCUUCGCACAGGAAGCAGAGGCUGUCUUGGCCUCGAGUCAGCAGAUCCAGAAGCUGGAGCACAAAUGUCAGGCGCUAAUGAUCGAGUUCCGAGAGAUCAAGGAGAAGCAGGAGCGAGAGUUUGCCCAGCACGAGGAGGAAGCCGCAGCGCAUGUGGCGCAGGCGAGACAGAAGGACCAAGCCCAGAUUCAGGAGCUCCAACGACGCUAUGCCGCCUUGGAGGAGGCAGCCCAAGCCAAAGAAGCCGAAGGAGUGCGCUUGCAACGGAACAUGGAGUAUCGACAUGGCGAGGCUGUGGAUCAGCUCACCCGGCUUUACCAUCGAAAGCUGGCGCAUGAGUCGGAUAGGCUGCUGACGCUGCGGUUGCAGAUAGACGAUCUACAGGAACAGAAGCACAAGGAAGAGGAGCAGCACCUGCGUCAGAUGCAUGAGUCUGCCGUGGCAGCUCAAGAAGAGCUCUCUCGCUUGCUCGCCGAGAGAGAUCUGGAAAUCAAGAAGCAUCAGGACCUCUUGGCCUUCGUGCAGCAUCGCUUCGAGGAGAUCCAGGAAACCGGCGCCGAAAACCACGAUCGGGAGGUGAUACGUCUCAAGCACCAGGGGUGGUCGGCAUUGGAGGAGCAGAAGCAGGUGGAAGAGCAGCUGCGAAAGGAGCAGGAGAAGCUGCAGGGCAGCCUUGAGAAGCAGGAGAAGGAGCGUGAGGUGGUGGAGGAGAAGCAGCAGGAGUCCAACUCGACAUUGCGAUCGCUACACGAACAAGCCGAGGAGUUGAAGCGCACGUUGCAUGGACUCCAUGGCGAGCGCCAGGACAGAGAGGCGACGUUGCAGGAUAAGCUCGUGUCCAUCGAAGGCUACAAGUCCAAGCAGAAGACGCUCAAAAAGUUCAAGCUGCUCUUGGACCAGAGGCUCGCUGAGGUGUCUACUUCGCUGCAGCCGAAAGACUCGCUGAUCAAGAAACUCAACGAGGACCUGAACGAUCUGGAGACAGAGUUUGAGCGGCAGCUCCUCGAACAGCGGCAGCUGGAGGCGCAGAUUGUCCAGCGACGCCAGAAGGCGGGCAUCCUGGCCCAAGAGACAGAGGAGCUGAAGGCCCAGGUGCGGGAGAAGGAUGCGCAAAUCCGCCGCUUCACCAGCGAUGUGCACCAUCUCGUUACUGAGGAGACAGAUUUGUCGGUUUGGCCCCGUGAGAUUCGCAGGCUUUACCACCAGCAUGUUGAGGGCGACCUACGUGGCCAAGGGCGACUGCCCCUCGAGGACAUGCUGCGGCAGAUGCGCGUGGUGGAGAGGCAGGUAACGAGCUUGGCGGCCAAGGGCAACCAGAUCCGGGCCAUGGGCAAGCUUGACCUGCAGACGAAGGCCAACGAGAAUGCCACGCUGGUGCAGGAGCUUAACCAGCUGCGGAUGUUGAAGAGCUCGCUUCAGCGGAAGGUCCGCGACCUCUCUUCGAGGCUUUCCACCCUGGUCCCAGGGACGGACAAAGCGGCGCUCAAAGGCUCGCAGGCGACCGCGCAGCUUCCGUCUCCACCUCCGGCGAAGGGGGCCGUGAAGGGGCCUCCAUCUGGUCUUCCGGGCCCGCGCCAGAACACCUCAUCCAGGGAGCUGCUAGAGGAUGCUCCAUCGCCCGUCCUGAAGCAGCCGGUGCAGCUCGCGCCGGUCGAGUCGUCCUCGUAA